AUGGAAUGGAACAAAACGCCAGCUGACAUGGUUGAUGAGCAACGGAGACGUCUGUACGAUCCAGCGCAACAGACGAGCAAUAGCGUGCAGUUGAAUCUCAUUAAUCUCCCCGAUGUUUGCUUGGAGGCGAUUUUGUCUAACCUCUCCUACGAUGAGAUUUCUAAAUAUAGGAUCGUUUGCAGACAGUUCGAUCGGAUCUGUAAAAAACUGCUCAAUCGCGGCUUCAAUCUUAUGGAGAAGUACCACGCGCAAUGUCUCCGCACCGUCAAGAGCAAACUGCCAAGAAGGGAGUCGGAGCGACGGAGUCAUCCCCUUGCGCGUCACUGUGACAUCCUGACAGCGAUAGAAACGAGAAUCUCCAUGUUGUCAAUGACCUUCAUCAAGUAUGUGGACUUGAACGUUUGCUGUUUCAUUCCAGGAAAGGUAAUUGAUGAGAUUUUCCGUGUUCUUCAAUUAAUUCGAGAGACGAAGACACCACCCAGAGCACACGAGAUACUGCAAGAGUUACGGGACAUAAGCAGCAUGGCUAUGGAGCAUUUUGAUGAGAAAAUCCUGCCAGAUCUAAAACAUAAUAUCUGCACGUCCAUUGGGAGUGUGAAUUCAUAUGACUUACCUGGUGGUGUCAUGAUCUCCCACGGUAGAAACAUAAAUAGCUCCACACUGCCACAUUGCAACAAUCACAGCAUGACCUGUUCGGAGAAGCUUAACCAGACCUUCAAGAAGAUUAACGAUCGUACUAGAAGGAACAAAAUGUUUUUUUUAUCCGUGAAAAAUCAAAUAACCAGAAUGAAACGUAGGAUGCAGAGGCAGGAGUAUCUGGUGCGGAAACAAACUCUGAAAUUAUACAAGCAGGCGAAGAAGAUACACGAACAGGACACCCAGUUGGCCGAGGUGCGGAAACAUCUCGAAGAAUGGGAGCAGAAGAUGGUCGAUUUGACUACCGAAGUAAGUCGAGCGCGGGAGGGAAUCCCGCUCCCUCAGAAUCCUGAUUCAUUGGAAAGUCGCAAACGGAAGACACAUAUUAUCAACACCGAUGCCGAGACACUUCCGGCAAAGACGAACGAAUUGCAAUCCAAGAAACGUAAACUUAUAAUAGAAAGAAAAGCGUCGAGCGACGCACAGGACAUGAAGUUUAAAAAAUUUAUGUCAGGCUUACUUGCGAAAAAUGAAUUGGAUGAUUAUUUCGUCGAUCCCUCGUGUCCGCGCUAAACUCCGCUGUUUUUACAUUUAACAGUUAAGCAAAAAUUUUUGCAAAAUUAUAUAUACUCUUUGUAUAAUGCAUUUUUCAAUUGUUAUAACGACGUAGAUUUAAUCAUCUCGUAAUGGAUACUCAGUACAUCUUAACUAAAUUAAAUUUUUACUCGAGUUAUGUAAAAGUUAUUUUCAAACAAUAGUUUAUUGUAAAAGAGUUAAAAUAGAAUUUAUAUUUUUAGUUUAUUAAACUACUUUUCGUUCCAUUAUAGGAACAACACAAUAUAUAAACAAAUGUAUUUCGUUGAGUUUAUAGUGUUUUACUUGAAAUUCCCAUCAGGAAUAUACAUAUAUACAUAAACAAAUUUUUUUAGAUAAAUGCUACAUAAAAUUGAAAUAUUUUAUUUUGCAUUUAUUAAGAAAUUUAAAAAAGUAAGGACAAUAAACUACAAGUUGUAAUAACAUAUUAAUAUAUACACUUUAUUAAAAUAUUGAAAUUUUAAUAAGAUGUGUACAUUAAUAUGUUAUUUUAUUAAAAUACAUAAUAUCUUAAUAUUAUUUUAAUAGAAUAAAAUACCUUCAAAUAUUGAAAGGCACACAUUGGUCUUAUUUAUAGUGUUAUAUAAGUUCUUUAACGUAGUAUAAUUGAUUUUAUUAUACGUAUAUAUGUAAAGUUAUAUAACCAUUGACAUAUAAGACUGUAAUUCAUAUUAAAUCAUAUUAAAAAUUUCAUCCUGAACA